UUUGAACAAAUUCAAUGGCAGGUUCUCUUCCCCCGUACAACACUACAAAUGGACUUGCAUUAUUUUAUUUUAUUACAAUAUUCAAGAUUUAUGAUAUCAAGAUGGAGAUUGACCACUUGAAUGGAAUUAACGCAAUUGGUGUGAGUAAUGAGGCUAAUGUUGAUGUACCAAUGGCAAACAGUGCUACUAAGUUACAUAACAACAAUGGUGAAGCAAAUGAUGGACUUGUGAGGGUUCGGAAAGAUGUAGUGAACAAAUGGGGAACUACUAUUCUUGGUGGGAAAGACACUUACAUGAGAUGUGCAACCCACAUCAUAAACCUAGUUGUUGGUGAGGGUACCAAAGAGAAAGAGAUGAACAAGUUUGCAACUGCUAUUAGGGCUGUAGUCAACUAUGUUAGGCAAAGUCCUAUGAGGUUAAAGAGAUUUAAGGAGGCUUGUGAGUGGGCAGAAAUUGAAUCCAAGAAUCUGUUGUGUUUGGACGUCCAAACAAGGUGGAAUUCACUUUAUUUGAUGUUGGACACUGCUAAGAGGUUUGAGGAAGCUUUUGAGAAGGAGAUGAACAUGAACAUCUUCUUUGCAAUGGUGUUGGAUCCAAGGUAUAAGAUAGAUUAUUCGGAAUAUCUAAUGUUAAAGAUGUAUGGUCAUAAACUUGAUGGUAAACCUGAUAAUGAUGGGCCCUUUUAUGUUGCCAUGGUCAAACGUGAGAUGGGAAUGUUGUUUGAAGAAUACAAGAGGUUGAAUUCCUCUACUGUGAAAUUAAGUGACUGUCAAUCAUUUGAUAAACAAGGAAGCAGCUCUACCUCUACAACCAAUAUCCAAAGUGUGGCAGAUUCGAAAAAUAGAGUGCAAACAUCCCAAGUGAGGUUUGAUUACAAGAAGUUUAAAGCUAUCAAUGGUAGAAGAACAAAAAAACCAGAGCUGGAGAAGUACUUGGUAGAAGACCUCGGGGAUGAGAACGAAGAUAUUGAUGUUCUUUAGUGAUGGAAGAUGAAUGAGCAUAGAUUUCCAAUGUUAUCAACCAUGGCAAGAGAUGUCUUGGCAAUCCCAAUAUCUACUGUUGCUUCUGAAUCAGCAUUCAAUACUGGAGGCAAGGUCCUUAUUGCUUUUUUAUCAUCAUUGACUCCAAGAAUGGCACAAGCUCUCAUUUGUGCACAAGAUUGGUUGAGAGAUAAGGCUGUUUCUAAUAUGGAGGAGGAUUUGAACAAAUUGAACAGUUUAGA